UGCAGUGGUUCGGUUUAGGGAAUGGAGUCGCAGCCGCUAGCCUUUCCCUGUUCCUUCGGUUAAAGAAUUAACAGCGGUGGGACAAGGAGGAUUGAUGCCCACUGUCCGAUUGAUUCCUCUUUCUUCCUCCUCCCUCCCUCCCUUUUAAGCCCCCUGCUUUUCCUGGCCAUCUUUUCCAUUCCCAUUUGUUUUGGCGGCGGCGUCUACCGCGCCAGCUUUCCUGUGCCCCUUUCGCCUCCCGGGCUAUUCUCUUCUCCUUCUCCCCCACCACUACCUCCUCCUCCUACCUCUCAUCAGCCUCGUUCUUAUACGAGCGCCAUUGUGGGCAUCAACUAGCCUCUCAUCUCCUCCGCUGUUCUCGGCUGUUGAUAUCCAAGAAACAAAGCCUUGGUGGUUUCCUCUGCAUGCAUGAGCGAGUAAGCACUGCGGUUCUUUCGACAACCACCGGAGCCCGGAGCAGUUGAGCUCCUCCAGCUCCGGGACAAAGCUGAGCCACGGCGCCUUUGUUGCUCCGUACAUGGACAGCUCACUCUUCCCGGCAGGAACAGCUCAAGGUUCUAGGUGAGGGGAGUCGAGGCUCUGAACCGGCGAUGGAGAGGGAGUCGAGGUCAGGGAUGCUCUCAGAGACGGCGUCCUGCGCCGGCACGCCGAGGUCGGUUCAGUCGACUUGCAGUCUCCAGCGCCGGUACUCUUCACGGAGCAUUCUGAAGCCUCAGGAAGGCGCAUUGGACAUGUCACCACGGUUCUCCUACUGCAAGCCUGUGACCCAUAGAGAUAAGAUGUUCAACAGAAGACACUCUCUGAACUUGCCGGAGCAAUUGCCAGGCCAUUACUCCAGGAAAGCUACAGAACGAACCCAAAAGGCUACCUCAAAGUCUGUUGCAGAUUUAGUUGGGGAGAUUGCAGCUCUCGAGCAGGAAGUCAUACGCAAGGAAUUGCAUCUGCUUUCCCUGUAUAGAAGAGCAUUUGAUCAAUAUGUAUCUGAAUCCUGCAGCUUCACAAGCGAGCAGCAGGUGGAUCAAGAAAUUCUGAAAAACAUCGACGAGGGCGCACUCCGUUUGAGGGAUAUAAAGCACUCUGCAGCGUUCAACUCGCCAACCGUCUCAAAUUCUGAGGUACCAAAAUCAGGCGCAAGGCAUUCCAGCCUUGUGAACUUCUUGAGUGCUUCUAUUUCCGAAUAUGUGCCUAAGAUCUCAUGCAAAUUAUCGGAGGACAUCUUAAGUUGCAUUGCUGCUGUCUACUGCAAACUUUCAAGCACGGAACCGCAAGGCGCAGACUGCAUGGCUUCACCAAGUCCUUCUGUUUCAUCUUCAAGUACUUUUUCUCCGAGGCGCCAUAAUGAUAGUUGGAGCCCUCAGUACAACUUCGAUAGCCCACGCCCGUGUGGACUUCAGAAAGAGAGUAAUGAACAAAACAUAGGCAUGAUUGUCAUCCCGAGGAUACGCAUUGAUUCUGACAAGUUUGAAUAUGCCUCAAAAAUGCUUGAGACUAUCAGGUCUCUGAUACAGCGCCUCGAAAAAGUUGACCCUAUGAAGAUGACACAUGAGGAGCAGCUCUGCUUUUGGAUUAAUAUCCAUAAUGCUCUAGUUAUGCAUGCUUUUCUGGCCUAUGGUCUACAUGACAAACGCAUGAAGAGCACGGACAUGAUUCUGAAGGCUGCAUAUAAUGUUGGCGGCCAAUCAGUAAAUGCCCAGACUAUUCAGAACUCAAUUCUUGGAUGCCAAUCCCAUCGUCCAUCAUUGUGGGUCCGCGCGCUAUUCACACCGACGAAAAGAUCCGGUGCAGGCACGGCAAGGCACCCCUAUGCUCUCCACCACCCAGAACCAGUUGCACAUUUCGCCCUCUCCACCGGAGCAUUUUCAGACCCACCUGUCCGGCUGUACACGGCGAAGAAGAUACAGCAGCAGCUGGAGGCGGCGCGGACGGAGUUGAUCCAGGGCAGCGUGGUGGUGCGGAAGCAGGCGCUGCUGCUGCCCAAGGUGCUGCACUACUACGCCAGGGACGCCGCGCUGGAGCUGCGGCACCUGGUGGAGCUGGUGUGCGAGAGCAUGUCGGACGCGCAGCAGAAGCAGCUCCAGCAGCUGCAGCUGCAGCACGGCCUCCGGCGGAGGGUCGACAAGUGCGUCGAGUGGAUGCCGUACAAGUCGUCCUUCAGAUACGUUGUACAUAGGGAUCUCGCUGACUAAGCGCCACGUACGGUUGCCCUGUUUUGGUUGGUUGGUUGGUUUCGUGUCCGUUCAGAACUUCAGAUACAUGCGUCGUGUUACAAAGUGUAAGUACCGGGGUCUUUGGGUGUGCAUGCGAAAGAGAGUGUGCAUGUAAAUACAGGUGUGGUCAUGACUUUGUGAGUAGUUUUGACUUUUGAGCUAGGAAAUUGUGGCUUGAAAUACUGUACAUUUUCUUUGUGGCUUGGAAUACUGUACAUUUUCUUUUGUAGCUUUGCAUUGGGGAAUUUGGGAUUGAGAUUAUGAA